AUGGUAUCAAGAGAAAAAUCCUUUCACCCCUGGUUCUCCCCCACAGAUCCAUUUGAAGUUCGUCUUGUCGGUGGACUAAACGAUGCUGAAGGCAGAGUAGAGGUACUGUACGAUGGAUCCUGGGGAACCAUCUGUGAUUCGUGGUGGGACCUGAGAGACGCGAGGGUGGUUUGUAGAAUGCUGGGGUUUGAUGGAGCCUUAAAUGCACCGAGAUCUGCAAGGUUUGGUCAGGGCUCUGGUCGUAUCCUGCUAAAGUAUGUCACUUGUGACGGAACUGAAGACAACCUAGCAGAGUGUACUCAUUCAGGGAUUGGACGUUACUCAUGCAGUCAUACAAGGGAUGCAGGAGCCAUCUGCUACUCAGGACUCCAUCCAAAGCCAUUUGAAGUUCGUCUCGUCGGUGGGUCAAACAAUGCUGAAGGCACAGUAGAGAUCAUGCACGAUGGAUCCUGGGAGACAAUCUGUGAUGUUGGCUGGGAUCUGAGGGACGCGAGGGUGAUUUGCAGAAUGCUUGGGUUUGAUGGAGCCUUGGACGCACCGGGAUCUGCACGGUUUGGUCAGGGCUCUGAUCCAUUUCAAGUUCGUCUCGUCAAUGGAUCAAACGAUGCUGAAGGAAGAGUAGAAAUACUUUACGAUGGAUUCUGGGGAACUAUCUGUGAUGACUGGUGGGAUAUAAAAGAUGCGAGGGUUGUUUGUAGAAUGAUGGGGUUCAACGACGCAAUAGCUGCGUCUAUUUCUGCAAGGUUUGGUCAAGGACCUGACCAUAGUCUUCUGACAUCUCUCGGCUUUCAACUUGUCAAUGGAGCCGGUGGAUAUGAAGGAAGAGUUGAGAUACUACACGAAGGGUCUUGGGGGACUGUAUGCGACGAUUUCUGGGACCUGGACGACGCUAAGGUUGUAUGUCGACAGUUAGGAUUUGAUGGUGCUGUGGCUGCUCUGCCCCGUGCCAGAUUUGGUCAAGGCUCUGGUGAUAUCUUUCUGGAUGGUGUUAAGUGCAACGGGACAGAAACCAGCCUCAGAUACUGCCAGCAUAAGGGGAUAGGUGUUCAUCAUUGUACACACGAGGGGGAUGCCAGCGUUAUAUGUAAACGUGGAGGUUUGAGGACUUACUCGGACAUGAUCACCUCUGAUGAAAUACCGCCAACGUACACAACCAAGCUAGUGCCCAAUGGACACGAAACUACAAUAGUUCCACCAAGACAACAAGGACACGAGGUCAUUACCACGACAUAUCCGCUUAACACAAACAUACGUCUCGUCAACGGCUCCAACAAUGCUGAAGGAAGAGUGGAGAUCUUCUACGGUGGAUCGUGGAUGACCGUUUGUGAUAAAAACUGGGAUCUGUUAGCAGCAAGGGUAGUCUGCAGAAUGCUGGGGUUCGACGGAGCCUUGGAUGCGACACGAUCCGCAAGCUUUGGGCAGGGAUCUGGUGGUAUUCUCUAUGUAAAGUGUUUUGGGACAGAAGACAGCCUGGCAGACUGUUAUCGUGUAUCGGUCGUCUCAUCCUGCAAACAUAAAUUAGAUGCAGGUGCCGUGUGUUACUCAGGAGUCGGUGGCGCCAGCGAUGCUGAAGGCAGAGUAGAAGUACUUUACGAUGGAUCCUGGGGAACUAUCUGUGAUUCAUGGUGGGAUCUGACAGACGCAAGGGUGGUGUGCAGAAUGCUGGGGUUUGAUGGAGCCUUGGACGCACCGGGAUCUGCACGAUUUGGUCAGGGAUCUGGUCGUAGUCUUCUAGGAUAUGUAAAUUGUGAUGGAAAUGAAGACAACGUAGCAGACUGUGCUCAUGCAGGAAUUGGACGUUACUCAUGCAGUCAUACAAGGGAUGCAGGAGCCAUCUGCUACUCAGGACUUCAUCUUGUCGGUGGGUCUAACGAAGCUGAAGGCAGGGUAGAAGUGUUGCAGGACGGAUCCUGGGGAACUGUCUGUGGUGUUGGCUGGGAUCUGAGAGACGCGAGGGUGGUGUGCAGAAUGCUGGGGUUAGACGGCGCCCUGGACGCACCGAGAUCUGCUAAUUUUGGUCAGGGCUCUGGUCGUAUUCUAUUACAGUAUGUCAACUGCGACGGAACAGAAGACAACCUAGCUGAUUGUGCUCAUGCAGGGGUCGAACGUUACUUAUGCAGUCAUACAAGUGAUGCAGGAGCCAUGUGCUACUUCGGAACUCAUCCAACCCCAUUCCAAGUUCGUCUUGUCAAUGGAUUAAAAGAUGCCGAAGGCAGAGUAGAGGUACUGUACGAUGGAUCCUGGGGAACUAUAUGUGAUGACAGCUGGGAUCUGAGAGAUGCGAGGGUGGUUUGUAGAAUACUGGGUUUUGAUGGAGCCCUGGACGCACCGGGAUCUGCUAGGUUUGGUCAGGGCUCUGGUCGUAUCCUGCUAAAGUAUGUCAAUUGUGACGGAACUGAAGACAACCUGGCUGACUGCACUCAUUCAGGGAUUGGACGUUACUCAUGCAGUCAUACAAGGGAUGCUGGAGCCAUCUGCUACGCAGGACUCCAUCCAAAACCAUUUGAAGUUCGUCUUGUCGGUGGGUCUAACGAAGCUGAAGGCAGAGUAGAGAUCAUGCACGAUGGAUCCUGGGGAACCAUCUGUGAUGACAGCUGGGAUCUGAGAGACGCGAGGGUGGUUUGUAGAAUGCUGGGGUUUGAUGGAGCCUUGAACGCGCCAAGAUCUGCUAGGUUUGGUCAGGGCUCUGGACAUAUAAUUCUAGAUGUCCUCGGAUGUGACGGAACAGAAGUAAACUUAGCAGAAUGUGCUCUUGCAUGGGUUAAAGGUUACUCCUGUGGCCAUACAAGGGAUGCAGGCGCUGUUUGUUAUUCGGGAGAUCCAUUUCAAGUUCGUCUCGUCAAUGGAUCAAACGAUGCUGAGGGAAGAGUAGAAGUACUUUACGAAGGAUCCUGGGGAACUAUCUGUGAUGACUCGUGGGAUUUAAAAGAUGCGAGGGUUGUUUGUAGAAUGAUGGGGUUCAACGACGCAACAGCUGCGCCUACUUCUGCAAAAUUUGGUCAAGGACCUGGCCAUAGUUUUCUGACAUCUCUCGGCUUUCGACUUGUCAAUGGAGCCGAUGGAUAUGAAGGAAGAGUUGAGAUACUACAUGAAGGGUCUUGGGGGACUGUAUGCGACGAUUUAUGGGACUUGGACGAUGCUAAGGUUGUAUGUCGACAGUUAGGAUUUGAUGGUGCUGUGGCUGCUCUACCCCUAGCCAGAUUUGAUCAAGGUCAUGGUGAAAUCUUUCUAGAUGGUGUUCAGUGCAAUGGAACAGAAACCAACCUCAAAGACUGCAAGCAUGAUGGGAUAGGUGUUCAUAGUUGUGUACACAAGGAGGAUGCCAGUGUCAUAUGUGAACAAGGAGUAGAAGUAAGUCUCGUGAAAGGCUCCAACCAUGCUGAAGGAAGAGUGGAGGUCUUGUACGAUGGAUCGUGGGGAACUGUCUGUGAUACCUGGUGGGAUCUGAACGAUGCAAGGGUUCUUUGCAGGAUGCUGGGGUACGACGGUGCUCUAGAUGCGCCACGAUCAGCCAGCUUUGGUCAGGGUUCUGGUGAUGUUCUGCGUGUCGAUUGCUCGGGAACAGACUGUUCAAACGUUGGGACCAGCACUCCCUGUGGACAUCAUAUGGACGCAGGGGCCGUAUGUUAUUUAGGAGACCAUCCUAACCCAUUGCAAGUUCGGCUUGUUAAUGGAUCUAACGAUGCUGAAGGCAGAGUAGAAGUACUGUACGGAGGCUCCUGGGGAACUAUCUGUCAUUACUGGUGGGAUCUGAGAGACGCGAGGGUAGUUUGUAGAAUGCUGGGGUUUGAUGGAGCCGUGGACGCACCGGGAUCUGCUAGGUUUGGUCAAGGAUCUGGUCCUAUUCUUCUAGAUAGGGUCAACUGUGAUGGAACAGAAGACAACCUUGCAGGAUGCGGUUAUUCAGGGAAUGCACGUUACUCAUGCAGUCAUACAAGUGAUGCAGGUGUCAUGUGUUACUCAGGAGUCCAUCCAAACCCAUUGCAAGUUCGGCUUGUUAAUGGAUCUAACGAUGCUGAAGGCAGAGUUGAGGUCAUGCAUGAAGGAUCCUGGGGAACUAUCUGUGAUGACUGGUGGGAUCUGAGAGACGCAAAUGUGGUUUGUAGAAUGCUGGGGUUCGAUAAAGCCUUGGACGCACCAGGAUUUGCUAGGUUUGGUCAGGGAUCUGGUCAUAUUAUUUUUGAUAGGGUCAGCUGUGAUGGAACAGAAGACAACCUUGCAGGAUGCGGUUAUUCAGGGAAUGCACGUUACUCAUGCAGUCAUACAAGUGCUGCUGCAGGUGCCAUUUGUUACUCAGGAAUCCAUCCAAAUCCUUUACAAGUUCGUCUUGUCGGUGGGUCUAACGAUGCUGAAGGCAGAGUAGAGGUACUGCAUCACGAUGGAUCCUGGGGAGCUAUCUGUGAUGACAGCUGGGAUCUAAGAGACGCGAGGGUGGUUUGUAGAAUGUUGGGGUUUGAUGGAGCCUUGGACGCACCGGGAUCUGCUAGGUUUGGUGAAGGUUCAGGGGAUAUUCUUCUAGAUGAUGUCGGGUGUGAGGGAACAGAAGAUAAUGUAGCGGGAUGCAUUCAACGAAGGGUUGAAGUACAAUACUGUGGACAUGAUGAAGAUGCGGGCGCUAUUUGUUACAAUGGAGCACAUCCGAAUCCUUUCAGAAUAAGGCUCGUCGGUGGAUCCAGCAGUGCUGAAGGCAGAGUAGAGGUACUGUACGAUGGAUCCUGGGGAACCAUCUGUGAUAAUGGCUGGGAUCUGAGAGACGCGAGGGUGGUGUGCAGAAUGCUUGGGUUCGAUGGAGCCUUGGACGCACCGACUUCUGCAAGGUUCGGUCAGGGAUCUGAGGAUAUACUUCUGGAUUUUGUCGGCUGUGAUGGAACGGAAGAAAAUCUAGCGGACUGUGCAUAUCUUUUGAUAGGCGUCCAUUACUACGGACAUGGACAGGCUGUUGGUGCUAUCUGUUACUCGGGAGCCCAUCCAAACUCUGUUGGAGUACGGCUCGUGGGUGGAUCCAACAGUUCUGAAGGCAGAGUGGAGAUCAGGUACAAAGGAACCUGGGGAACAGUUUGCGACAAUGGCUGGAAUCUGCAAGAUGCAAAAGUCGUAUGCAGAAUGUUGGGAUUCGGCGACGCCUCAACUGCACCAGUUUCAGCCUGGUUUGGUGAGGGGUCCGAAGAAAUUCUCCUGUCUCAUGUCGGGUGCGAUGGAACGGAAGACAAUCUUGCGGACUGCGCACAUCUAGGGUUUGGAGUGCACAACUGCCAACAUAACGAAGACGCUGGGGUCACGUGUCUCAUAGGAGUUCGACUUGUUAGUGGAGCCGAUGAAUAUGAAGGAAGAGUUGAGAUCCUACACGAAGGGUCUUGGGGGACUGUAUGCGACGAUUUAUGGGACCUGGACGACGCAAAGGUUGUGUGUCGACAAUUAGGAUUCGAUGGUGCUUUAGCUGCUCUACCCCAAGCAAGAUUUGGUAAAGGUUCUGGUGAUAUCUUUCUGGAUGGUGUUCAGUGCAAUGGGACAGAAACAAACCUCAGAGACUGCAAACAUAAAGGGAUUGGAGUCCAUGAUUGCAUACACAAAGAAGAUGCCAGCGUCUCUUGUAUGCAUGCAGCUCAUCUAGAUUUGACUUCCUAUUCCAAUGUUGACGCAUCUCGUGUAACAACACGAACUACAGACGAUCUGGCGUCAGCAGCUAACGACACUACAGUAGUUGCGUUAAAUUUGACUUCCUAUUCCAAUGUUGACGCAUCUCGUGUAACAACACGAACUACAGACGAUCUGGCGUCAGCAGCUAACGACACUACAGUAGUUGCGUUAAACUUGAACACCCCACCUCGGUUACCGGAUAGACAAGUGACCGGUGUGCUUCAUCACGAUUAUGAAUCAAAUAUAGCAGCUGAUGGUGACGAUAAAGGUGAUCUGAAUCUCUCGCAAUUCAAAAAGAAACGAGAAAGGAAUAUAAACAUGGACAUCGAUAACGUUUAUGAAACACCCGACAAAGACAAGGACUUAGAUCUUGAUGAUUAUAUCCUUCCGACCAGGGAAUCAUCAUCGGAUGAGUACAUCGACAUGACAACUGUUUACCAAACGCCCUUUAGCGGGGAAAGAUGA